GAUCGAAUGUCAACACCUGUCGAUGACUCGUUCUCACACGCACACACACACACACACACACACACACACACACACACACACACACACACACACACACACACACACAUACCUAUCUCUAUUUCUCUCCUGAGAUAACACACGUUCAAAAGUGACACACAAGACUUUUAAAAAAUGUUGAGACGAUUUUUUUUUAAUACAUUGAUCCAAAUGUGUUCAAAUGUUUUUUAAAUUUAUUUUUUAAACAUGUCCAAAUAAGUUCGUGCCUGAUUUUCUUCUAGUAAUAAUUAACGUAUAAUUCACAUCUUACCAAAAAAGAAAACUUUAAAGUCGCUAAUAUUGAAUGUAUUAUUAAACUUUCAAAUUUAAAAGUGGAUUAAAAUUGAAUCUAUUAUUUGAAUCCAAUGAAUUUUUCCGCCAUAUUGGAUCUGCAAUUUUUAAUUUUAGAGUUUUUACUGCAGAUUUGUUAGCAACGAUUUUAGAAACUUAUACAUUCAAGUGAAUAUAACCACUCUUGUUUGCAUUGCUUGAAAUCUCCAAAAAUGUUUGCACUUAAAACGAGAUAAGUAUAUACAUAUUCUGACAUUGGAGAAACAGAGAGAGAGAGAGAGAGAGAGAGAGAGAGAGAGAGAGAAAAUGUGCGAGUGCGAAGAUGCCGAGUGCAAAAAGUGCAACAUAAAUAGAAACGUGUGUAUUUUUUACUUUUAUUUUAUUUUACAAGUAUUGUGACUGUAGGUAUACGCAUCAAGCGGCGCAAUUCACCAUAUUAUUUUUUGUGUAAGGAGUCCUUAUUCUUCAUCUUUAACAUCAGCUCGGAAAGAAGUCGCUAUCUUUGUUUUUGUGGGAGAUGCAAAUUUUUGAAGGAUAACGUUUCUACAUAAUGUCCCAGGGAUUGGACAUUAGGAGUUGGCACGAAGGGGUUGGAGGUGCCCGAAUGGCAUCUUACCGACGCGAUUUUCGACGCAUCUAGACGCAUUUAUGUUGCCCGGGGUCUCUUUCUCUUCUUUCUUUCUAGCCACCAUUCUUUCCUGAUUUCUUAUCAUCCGUCACGCUUCCGCGAUAAAUCGCGUCGCCGCGGGAUGUACACGCGGUCGCCGGGAGCGGCUAUCGACCAACAGCCGCGACAACGGCAACGGAUCGUUCUGCUAAAAGGGAUUAAGUCGCGAGGGACGGGGGACAACAGUAAUUCCGAUUAACGCCUAAUCGAAUUUGCCGUAACUCUGCACGAGAGCGGAGUCCACCGGACGUUUUGCAAGUCCUCGCUGCCCACGCGAGAUGCUUCCGCGAGACUAGGGCAUCGGCUUUGCAAUCUCGCGCCUUCGCGCCUUCUUCUUUUCCUUCCCCUUGAAAGGAAACACCGAACCGUGAAAGCGUGGUGUGUGUGUGUGUGUGUGUGUGUGUGUGUGUGUGUGUGUGUGUGUUGGCGCGUUCUGCUUUUGCAUUCUUGGAAAAAAUUCGGUCCCUCAAAAAAAUGUUCCCUGCCUAAAAAUUAACCCUCCUAACCGAUCGGACCUAAUCGAUCAAAAUCUGUAAUAAUAAUUAUGUCCAUUUCCACUGAUGUUGAUUAACUUUGAUUUCGGUUUAACUUACUCUUUAUUCUUUCCUACUUCUAAGGCCCAGUUCCAUAACUUAGUUUAACCAGAAUUUAAUUAACAUUGUUUAAGAAAAUUAGUUAUUAAGAAAAUUUGUUUUAUAUAAAACGAAUUUAUCUAUUGAACAUGAUUAGUUAAACUCUAUUAGGUAAAUUAAGUGAAGCUGGAUCUAAAAUUGGAGAAUAGAAGAGAGUAAGUUAAAUCAAGAUUGAAAUUAAUCUAUAUUAGUAAUCUAUAUUAUCUACAUCUAUAUUAGACCGAAAUUAUAAAUUCCGGUCUACAAUAGAUGUAGAUAAGUCUUAAGCUAUAAGAAAUUAACCAAUCAUGGUCGAAUGUGAGAGAAUAGAUAAUCGAAUUGGUCAGUUUCUUAAGCUUAAAACUUACUACAUUGAUUGUAGACUAGGACUUGAAACCUUCCAAAGCUAAUGGAUCAAAUAACUGGCGUAAUUAGACGUAGAUUUUGGAGAGACCGACUAGAAAAUAUUUCUCCUACAUCUUUGAUACAGAAACGACAUUAAUGUUUAUUGCAUAUUACCACCAUAUGUUAAAUAUGUUAAAUCUCUAUAGUUGUAUAUAAGUAUUGAAGAUAGCAAAAGAUAACUUGACAGAAAAUUUGAAUUUAUUUUCUCUUGGGAUUUAGUUGAACAUUGAUUUGACAUUACUGAAUCAAAUCUGUAAAUCUCAUUUGAUAAGUAAGCCUUAAGCCGUAAGAAAUUGACCAACUCUAGUUGAUUCUCUUCACUUCGAUUAUGACUGGUCAAACUAAUGCAAUUAUGUUUAUUUCCAUCGACACCAAUAUGAUUUGACUUUAAUCUCGGCGUAACUUGCUUUUUAUCUUUUUCUAGUUCUAAGAAUUAGAAAAAGAUAAAAGUUAAACUGAGAUUAAAAUUAAUCUACAAUGGAAGUGAGUGGUGUUGGAUCGGUGACUUAUUCAUAAUUUAUGUUGAUACAAAAAAAAUUAACUGUAAAGAAUUAAAAAUACAUAAUUCCUAUAAAAGAGAAUAAAUAUCAAGUUUAUUUUAAUAACAAUAAUUCGAGAUUUAUAAUUGACGAUAGGUUCAAUAGACUCACUAUCAGUUCCAGAGAGUUAAAGACCUGGAAUGCAAGGAAAGACGGUUCGAUCGCCAAUUCAUAUAAAAUUGCGCAUUUUCGAUUUAGUGGUAGCAAAGAAUUUUCAGUAGUGCGUUAUAAUCUAUCGUUAAAGGAGCCAAUUGUUAACUACGCAUCCCUCGAUAAUAUCCGCACUGCAGAUAGUAAUUCUUUUUCCAGCUUAUCAAUGAUAUCUGAGUUCUCUAAUACCUCUUAUCUCAUCUCCGUAAUUUAUUUGUACAUGUUUUCCAAAUAGAGAUUCUUUUUAAAGAGUCUCCUGGUACAUGUACGCAUUAGGAUUUUAUAUCGUGCGGUACUUGAUUUCAGGUUUUGAGUCAGCUUAAAGAUGAAUAUCUUGUUUAAUAAAACAUUCCACUGACUUUGCCCCAGUUUUCUCUGUAAUAAAAUUUCUACUAUUAUUCACCACCGCUGAAGUACAUUGAACAAUUGAACUUGAUCCAAAAACAUUCCCUGCGCAUCUAAUUACUGGGAGAUCGUCAGCGAUGGGUCGCGCUCCUCUUAUCUGUACCUACGGUAGUUUGAGCACAACGAUAAUCAGUUAAGAAGGACUUGGAGUUUACAAAGAUGCGGGAGUGGUGCGGCACCACGAUCCCCUGGUAUCCAGCAGGGAUUUAGAGAGAAUAAUACCUGCACCUUGAAGAAGAUAUCUUAAUGUAGUAUCAUAAUAAUGCGGACUAUGUAAAGUGACAUUAUUUUAGACCGUAUCAUACAUUGCAGUGCUGAGAGAAAGUAGUUACUAAGCUUUUUUGAGCGUUCUAACUAAAAGUUAUAUUUUACUACAGAUUUAAUAACGAAGUUGUUAAUAGUUACAAUUUGUACAAUUCGACAAGCGUGUUGUUGAAGGUUUUUUCAUAGUGUGUUCAAAUUGUAAUAAUAAUCCAGUUUUUGAGUGUGCGUACACGCACAUUAUAUCAAGAUAUAUCAAGAUAUCUUUCAAAAUGUCCUUCCUAUCGAAUUUGAAGAAGGCCUUCCACUUCGGUGGUAACGACGCGAAGAAGAAAAAGCUGUACAAUAACAUCAAGAUGGAUUGUAAUCCAGAGGAGUUUUGGGAAAUGAUUGGUGAAUUAGGAGAUGGCGCGUUUGGAAAAGUUUAUAAGGCACAACACAAGCAGUCCAACCAACUUGCUGCCGCGAAAAUGUGUGCAUUGGAAGGAGAGGAUGAUCUUAGCGAUUUUAUGAUCGAGAUAGACAUUUUAUCAGAGUGCAAACAUCCUAAUAUUGUUGAGUUGCGUGAAGCUUAUUUCAUUGAUGGAAAGCUAUGGAUGUUAAUUGAGUAUUGUGACGGUGGUGCUGUGGAUUCUAUAAUGGUCGAAUUGGAAAAGGCAUUAACAGAGAUACAAAUAGCAUACAUCUGCCAACAUAUGACUAAAGGUCUUGCUUUCUUACACAAAUCUAAAGUCGUGCACAGGGAUUUGAAGGCAGGAAACGUCUUGCUGACUAUGGCAGGUGGUGUUAAAAUAGCUGACUUUGGGGUGUCUGCAAAGAAUAAGCAUACUCUGCAAAAGCAUGACACGUUUAUCGGAACUCCUUAUUGGAUGGCACCCGAAGUUGUUUUGUGCGAAACAUUCAGAGAUAAUCCUUAUGAUUUUAAAGUUGACAUCUGGUCUCUUGGUAUAACUCUUAUAGAAUUUGCACAAAUGGAACCACCGAACCACGAAAUGUCGCCGAUGCGAGUAUUACUUAAAAUACAAAAAGGCGAUCCGCCGAAACUGGAUCAACCCGGAAAAUGGAGUAAGGAAUUUAAUGAUUUUAUUGCUAAAGCACUUAUAAAGGACCCAACCUCACGACCUACCGCUGACGAUUUGUUAAAACAUCCGUUUAUAAGCCGACAUUUAGAUUCAAAACCUGUCAGAGAUUUAUUACUCGAAUAUAAGGCGGAUGUUGUCGAGGAAGAGCUGGUAGACGAAGAAGCAGAGAAGGCAAAAAAAACGAAAAAACACAGAGAACAAUAUCAGCGAAUUGGCGGUUCUCCUGGCCCUCGCCAGCCUCAUUAUCCCAAUACGCGCCAGGACCAACGUACGUCUCAACUUCCUUUGGAGCUGGAUCAAAUCACAGAUGACUCCGCUCCUACGCGUCUUGAUGCUGACAUUAAGAUUCCCGAAAAAGAAAAUCUUGUACCUACAUCUAUAAAGAAAGAGGAGAGUCACAAGCGCGAGAUCAAUCGGGAUGGCGAGAAAGAGGACAAGAAUAAGAGAUUACGUAAGGCUGAAUCCAAAGAGAAUAUACAGCCUCCUGUCGAAAAGAAACAGGCCCCUAAGCCACCGAGUGAAACAAAUGAGCGCAGAUUAUCUCGAGACAAAGGGCCGGCGCCCCCACCGCCACUUAUGCGUCAGGAUAGCGAGGAGAAGAAGAAAAAGAAAGACGAGGAGCAAGAAAACAUUCCCAAAACCGUCGAAAAAGUCGCAAGCCUAUCAAAUAAACAAAAAUCUAUGGAAGACAAACCACAUAUCAAUAAGGUAGCGCAAAGUGAAAAGACGGUGGAUCAACAGGUAACAAAUGUUAAAGAGCAGAAAAAUUUAGAGAUUGAAGAUCAGAUGCAAAAUGAAGUGAGCAAUUCCGAGAAGACAAAGAAAGUAGAAAGUGAGGGUAAUGGUAAAUUUUUCGAUAAUAUAAAAAGAUUUGAGAGUCAACAGAAGUUAAUGAACAAUAAAUCAAGCUCGGCCUCGAAAAAGCAAUUGGGGAUAAAUGAAAAACGCAAGUCAGCACCCGUGAAGCCGGAAAUGAUCGAAGAUUUGUCCAAGAUAAUAUAUAAGCAAUCGUCUUUUGAAGAUAAGAACAGAAUGAAAAACAAGUUGUCUGUUGAUGACGUAACAAGUUGCACUGAGUUGCAAUCUCGGGAGGAGGUUUACAAAAGUUUGGAGGAAAAGCGAAAAUCCGUUGGAGAAAAACUGAAUGCCGUAUUGGAGAAGCGAUUAUCCAUGGACCCUGCCAAAAGAAUAAAUGAUAGUUCUACGGAAACAAUGAAGCACGUAACCGUGGCAUCGACGCUCCUGUCGGAUAAGAGUAUCGUUAAGGCUAGUUCUACGGAAGACAUUAAGACGCAGUUUAGCGUAACGAAGACUGAAAAUUCUGCCAAAAGUCGCAGCGCAGGGUCGUCUAGGAAUGAUUCGCUGGAAAACUUCUCGGACGAAUUACGCACUAAAACGGACGGUAGUAAGACAAACUACAAACGAAAGGACGCAGCAAGCGAUGACAAGGGGUUAGAGAAACAGGAUCCGGGAGUUAACGUAUCGGUAAUUACGUCGACGCCAAUCAGAAGCAGAAGCGGCUCGAGGAGAAGCAGUGGGGAUAACAUAGUCGUUAUUACUGGAAAAUCUCAACCCGAGCAAGAAGUACGCUUAAAUACAUCAACCGUCCAUAUUACUGCCGACUCGCCGGACAUGUCGAAUAGUCUAGCAAGCAACAUAAGCCAAGUGACCGUCGUGACGACACAUCCACCCGUAUUGGUGGACGCGCCCUCAGCGACGUCAGCCGCGACGACGACGAUGUCUCUUCCGCGUCGUACUUCACCGACGUCAGAGGUCGUAAUUGUCGCCAACGAAAUGAACAAGACUCAGGUGAACGACAAUUCUAUCGAUGAUGACGCAUUUCCUAGUCUGGACAGUCUAGAAUACACGCCUCAGGAACAGGCCAUCGUAUUUACUGACGUGUCCAAAAGAAUCGGAAAGAAGUUGGACGAGUCGGAAGUGAUCAUAGUGAGCCCUAUCGUGGACGAAUUGCAGGACACUAGUCACGUCUCGGUGGUCACGGUUGGCGAGGACAAGGAACAGGUGAAGGAUUCGUCUAUCUCCAAGAAGCACAAUGUCAUCCGCACCGGAUCGUCUCACAGCGAUCUGAGCUCAAACGAGAGAUUGAGUUUGAGGAGCGACAGCGGAGACGAAGGUGGCAAGGUGAUUGUCGCCAGUACAGCCACUGAGUCACCAGACAUGGACGAUUACGAGAGAAACACGAAGAAGCUAAACGGACUGAUCAAGAACGAGAUGCCGCAUCACGCUACCGAUGAUAGAAUCGUGAAGACAGUUAAGUCGAAGGAGAUCAACGUUAAGAGUUUUGGUAAGGAAAAACGAGUCUCUCCAGAUAGCUUCGAGGGUUCCAGGUCCCAGAGCGAUUCCAGCUCCAUAAGAUCGCACACGCCGAGCAAAAGCAUCGACCGUUCUGACGCUGAGUCCAUUUCGACGACGAUUAGCCAGGACAGCAGGGAAUCGAACAAGGAAAACCGUUUGAAUCAACCUCAGCAUACAGAGGUCGACGAAGAAGUCGUUCUACGUCGAAAACCGGAUUACAAUCGCGAGAUAUCGUCCCGGCCGACCAGGACGAAGGAAGACAUACAGAUGAUGAAUUUGAAGAAGAAGACGAGAAAGCGCACGAGGAAGUUCGAGAUCGACGGCGUCAUGAUGACGACAACGACCUCGCGUGUGAUAUACGGCGACGACGAAAAUGGCAAAGUGUAUGAUGAUCAAAUAUUCAGGAAGCAAGAGCUGCGGGAGUUGAAGAUGCUGCAGAAAAUGGAGCAAAAGCAAUACCAGGAUUUGUCACAAAAAGCUCAAUUCAACAAGGAUCAACAGGAGAAACGAUUCGAGCAGGAACGGCAGAUCCUGGAACGGAGCGCUGAGGCCGAUCUGGAGGCGCUUGCCCGGCAACAGAGGCAGCAGAUCGAACGCGCCGAGGCGCAGCAGGAGGUCGAGCUGCGACUGUCGUCUAAAAAGAUUCGGAGCGAGCAGGAGAGGGAGCUCAAACAAUUCCGAGAGGGUCUGAAACAAGAAUUGAGAUUGCUCAAGCAGGAGAUAGACCUGAUGCCAAAAGACAAGCGGAAGAGCGCGUUUAAGAUUAGGAAGGAGAAGCUCGAGGCUGAGCACGAAGAGCGGGAGAAGCUCUUCCUGGAGAAGCUCAAUGAGAGUCAUGAGAUGUCGCUAAGACGAUUGUCGGACAGCCAUCGCGAGAAGAUCGCGCUGAUGGAGCGGCAGUUCUUGCAACAAAAGCAGCAACUGAUGCGUGCCAGAGAAGCGGCUAUCUGGGAGCAAGAGGAGCGGCAGAUACACGAGCGACAGCAACUGCUCAAAAAGCAGCUCAAGGAUAUUUUCUUCUUGCAGAGACAUCAGAUGCUUAUCCGGCACGAAAAAGAGCUAGAACAGAUGAAGCGGAUGAAUCAGCGAAAAGAGGAGGAGCUAAUCAAGCGACAAACUGUGGAGCGUAGGAAUCUGCCGAAGAGAAUUCGCAACGAAAUGAAGGCGCGCGAGAUGAUGUUUCGGGAAUCCAUGAGGAUCUCGAUGUCAUCCGUGCUCGCGCCAGAUCCAGACGCCGAACGGGAGAAACUAAAGAAGUUUCAGGAGAACGAGAAGAAAAGAUAUCGGGCGGAACAGCAAAGAUUCGAACUGAAGCAUUCCAGGCAGCUCGAGGAGGUGAGGGCCCAGAGCGAUGCCACAAUUAAGGAGUUGGAGCAGUUGCAGAACGAGAAGCGGAAGAUGCUGAUGGAACACGAGACACUCAAGCUGAAGGAACAGGAGGAGGCCUACGGAAGAGAAAUUCGCGAGUGGAAAGCACAGCUUAAACCGCGAAAACAGAAGAUAGAAGCUGAUCUGGCGGCUGAAAUGGAAGCAUUGGAAAAGCGCUAUCAAGACUAUUUACCUCCUUCUGGUUUUAGUGGUCUCUCUUUUCCCUUUUUUGACUAUUCUGAAACCGUGAUUUAUGACACUUGGAGGAGAUCCCCGCGCUUGUCACGUUUACCGCGCUCCACUCCCACCUCUCCGUCCUUCACCAUACCCAGGGUGUCGCUGAAGAUUAGCGGCUCGGAUUCGGGUACCUUCGUGUCGAACGGCACGCUCUCACAAAGUUACUCCAAGCCAGAGCUAGUGCCGUUCUCCCGUAGAUAAUAUAUAUUCCCGUAGAUAAUAUAUUCACUCAACUUAUUUUUCAACGUUUUGCCCACAUCGCACUUCAUUUUGGUUUUGUAUGGAAAUUUUGUACACGUGCCCGUAUACGUCCACCGUGUCACUCAUUCUCCAUAUCCAAAAGCAUGUCAAAGUAUUAAAGGAACCAAAUAAUAUUGUUUUUAUAAAUAAUAUAAAUAGUAGUUAAUAUAAUUUACAGCCUUGGUCACACAGAAAUAUUAGGUAUCUUGCGUUUUUAAGCAUUUUUAACUAAAGGGAUUUAAAAAGAAAUUAACAUAUAAAUUAUUCUCUGUUUCAAGAACCCUUCAAACCUAUGUAUAAACCAGUAACUAAUAAAGAAUAAUAUAGAUUUCCAGAUAAAUAAGAAUAAAUAUAAGUACCUAAUACUUUUAGUCAAGGUUGUAUUAUUUAUUGAUUAAUAUAUAAUUAUCAUUAUUUUCUAUACGAUGGUCGUUAGUUAUUUAUUAAUUUUUAAAAUUUUUUUCUUGAAUAAACUAAUCAGCUUCGAAAACUGUAAAUAAGACGAAUGUCGCAUGCACUGAUAAAGUUUUUUCUUCAUAAUAUUCCAAUGAUCGAAAAAGAUGAUAGAGUAAAUGGCCCGAUUAUUGACAAUGUCUCGAAUACUAGAAAUUCGAUCUAAGUUUACUUGAAUUUUCUCUUAAGAAGUCUAUUUUGUUAAAAGUACAAAAUUUUAAUUUUUUGCUUACCACUUACCAGCGCUUACCACUUAUCCGCGCAUUCAAAAAAGAAAUAUUUAAUUUUAAGGUAUUAAAAUGUUUUAUUUUUGUCUCCGUUAAAAAAAAUGUUUAAAAUAGCGUUUUGAUUUAAAGCACUAUAAAAAGUUAAAAACUAUUAAAUGUUUUAGUUUUAAAUCUAAACACUGUUUGAAACAUUUUUUUAUGUUAAAAAACGGAGAUAAAAACAAAACAUUUUAAUUUCUUAAAAUUAAACACUUUUUCUUUAGUGUAUGGUGAACAAGGGAGUUUCUUGUUAUCCUGAUUCUCUAAUUUUCUGUUGUAUCUGUUUCAUUAUAUGCGAUCAUUGUUACGUUAGUCGCUUAGUUUUUUUUUUUUUUUUUUUAGAAAACAAUUAAAAAAUUAAUACAUAAAUGGACAACCAUUUUAUAGAAAAUGAUGACUAUUAUACAUCUUAUUAAAUGUAAAUAAUAGAUUAUAUUAAUAAAAUUAUAUACUGUUUACACAUUAUUUAUAAAAACCUACUUACUUUUCGGUUUCUCUAACACAUCGCAAUCCCUUUUUAUUACCACUUUCUUUGUAAAUAUCCGUAAUACUUACCUGCUUAGCACACUUCCCUGAUCGUAAAUAAUUAUUAAUGAUCUUCUCUGCUUUACUCACUGGUGCUUUAGUGCUAACUUUGGACUUGAAUAUUUAUAUUGUUGCAUAUGUACAGAUAUGUAGAAUAUAUGUUGUAUAUUUUUAUAUAAUUAUUCAAAGAGCUGCUAACACAACUUAAAAGGAGAUUGAUAGAUAAAUAACUAUGUAUUUUGUAUAAAAUUUAUGGGAUACAUGUGACGGAAGUACAGUAGUGCAAAUUUAUUUUUUAAGGAUUGCGAUUCCAAGUUUAGGAAGGUAUACACGAAUUGGAUACAAGAUCUUUAUGUUUCUUGAGAUGUAAUAUUUAAGUUCCGCUGUAUAAAAUAUACAUAACAUAUAUGUAUGUAAUGUCCCCCCUCUCAUUUCCAUUCAGUUACUUAUAACUUUCUACCCGUUUUUUGUAAAUAAAAAAAAUAAUGAAAAGAAAAAGAGAUGCUCUAUUAUUUAAUUUUCAUGAAGCUCUAAUUAAUGUUCUAAUAUAAAAAUACAAAAUUGUGUUAAAAUUAAGGGAGAACAAUUUUUUGAGAACGUAGCUAAAAAAAUGAUAUAACUUGUAUGUAUAGUCAUAACUUUGUGUGUGUUCAAAAAAGAGUUUCAUCGCUGUAGUUGUUUUAUCCAUGUGUAUUUCAAUGUGUAAUUGUAUCGUCAAUUAAUUAUGCCGCUUUAUUAUGAGAGCUUAAUCGGUUAAAUAUGGAAAUAACAGGGUAAGUGUGGUUAUAUUGGGGCUAUGUGUUAGAGAGUUAGCAGAGAAUAACUUACGAAGCGCGAUUUUCCUGAAGGAUCCCAUAACUAUGUAUUGUUUAAUAGCAUUGUACACAUUCAGUUUAUACUAUAACAGUCCUUUACUUAAAUGUAAAUCCCAUGAAAA